AUGCAACUGUUUGUGAUGUACCGGGUCCUGCUACUUCUCGCGGCUACUACCGGUAGCUUGGCGUUCGAUUACUGCGCUGCCUCGAAGGACCUCUGCCCGAUGAUACCCGGCGGCGCCCGUCACGUCGUUUGCAAUGGUAGAAAAUUUUCACCGUCUUGCAAAGAUCCCAAGCUUAUCAAGAUGAAACCCGAGUAUCGGGCGCAGAUACUGGAGUUCCACAACCGAUUGCGGAACAAUCUUGCGUGCGGAUACUUUCACCGGUACGCAGAAGCAAGCUCGAUGGAGCAGUUGCACUGGGAUAAUAAGCUGGCCCGUAUGGCUGAAUACAAUGCACGUACAUGCAACUUUGAGCACGAUCAGUGCCGGAAUACGCGCAAGUUUCGUACGGUGGGUCAAAAUCUCGCCAUCAAUUGGUUCUACGGUAUGAACGUUACCGUGUCGCAGGCAUUGGAAAAGUUUCAACGCCACUGGUUCCUGGAGUAUGGCAAGGGCCGUCAGAAGCUGCUCGAUCGCUACACCAAACACUCGAUGGCAGCCGGCAUAGGGCACUUCACACAAAUGAUACACGCGAAUACGCAGUACGUCGGAUGUGCGAUGGUACGGUUCCGAGGCAUUCAGCAAGGCUUUCUGGUGAAACAGUACUAUCUGGUGUGCAACUAUUCCGAGGGCAAUCUGUACGAGCGGCCCGUCUAUCGGAAGGGCAAACGGUGCAGCAAGUGCAAGUAUGGAUGCUCGAACGACACGUCCUACCGAUGCUUAUGCCGUUCGCUCGUGCGGAACUAGCAAAGCGUGUGCACUUUACAAGAAA